AUGGCCCUUGCUGUCAGUCUUAAAGUCUUCUUUACAGUAUGGAUGUUGUCUUUGAUGACCUUCUUUGCCUUCUACUUAUACACCCAGAUGACCACUCUCAGUGUCGACCAACUAAUCCAAGAAUUCAACCAGAACAUUCUCAAAGUAGAUGAGCAAGUAAGUCCAUUCAUAUUGGAGUCAAUUGUAAAAGUCAAAGGUCGAUUGAUUCAACUUUUGUAAAGAACAUUCCAAGAAACGCCUGAUGAUGAUUGAUUUCAGAAGAUUAGUUUGUCUACCCUGAAGACCCUGAUUAAUUCCAAAAUGAACGAUAAAUCAAGCCGAUUACAGUACCUUCAAGAGUAUUUUGCAGACGCCGAAAUGGAAAAGGAAGAAUUAGAAAAGGUAAAAAUUAUACGUGAAGGUAAAAUAAACAAGAAUUUUAGAUAGACCAAGUGCUGGAAGGAGUUCAGUUGGACUCUUUGGAAGAGUAUGAAGUUAAGGUCAGGGAAUUCGUGGAAUCAAAAGUUGAGAACGAAGAGAAAAAGGAAAAGUUCCUAAAAACAUUGGACAUUAUCAAGGUCAAUAUCGCCGACUUGGACGACGCUCUUCAAAUACUAGUCGACAAUUACAACAAACCACAGAACAUCGAGUUGUAA